AUGGCGACCACGUCUGGGAUUCACCUGAAAGCCGAAGCAUGUGGUUGGGCAAGAAAGGCAAAGUGCGCGCAGAAAGAGCUGCAUCACCUGGGAAUGAGUGUGACAGAGGCGUGGGAGAGGGCUAAGGCUUCGAGCCCUUUGAACAAGGUGUCCGCUUGGGACAUCACCGUCAUCAUCAAAUCGUCUCAUUACUGGUAUCACAGUCGGUCUGCGCUGGCGCGCAUCCCGCGGGCCUGA